GCCGGUGAGAGCUUCACAGAGCUGGACAGAAAGACAAGGAGACUUCUGGACACGCAGGGAGAGAAACUCCUCACAUCUCUGAGCAGGGAGGAAAUCCCUGGAGUAGAAAGAGACAAGCAGAGAGUCCGGCCGAAGCCAAGCAAACCAAAGCCGACGGAGAUCUCUCUGGCUCGGAGAGCUACUGAUGCUGUCAUCUUUGAAAAUAAUCGAGGAAAAAAAGCAAACAAACGUGGGAACGAGCCGCUCCGACAAAAGUUUCCCUAAUUUGUCCAGUAUAUUUCCUCAGUUCUGUGAACCCCCUACAGGAAGACUUUUCCUGGUCCCAUCCCAGUGAUGCUUCCCCGCAUCCCCUCCCUCCUCGUCUUCCUGCUCCUGGCUGGCCCAGCCCUCCCGUCUCCAGCCUCCACGGAGUUACAGGUCAGGGGUGAGAGGACGCCAAGGGAUGCCGAGAAAGACUCCAUCAAGGUAGUGAUCUCAGAGGGAUGUGUCACUCAGGGAGAUUCAUCUGAUGUGAGCCAAGACGGUAAAGAAAUCAACCUGGCACCUGGUUCUCCUCUGAUCCUGACCCAUAAGAUCAAACUGGUUCCAUCGGGGUCGGGGUCUUGUGGCUGCGAGGCCGACUUUGCUGCGCUGCGGGAGCGCGUGGAGAGGCUGGAGAGAGAGGUAUCCGAACUGCGGGAGAAGUGUGGAGGACCUGAGGGAAGCUGCUGCACCUCAGAGAGCAAAGGUGCAGGAUGCUCCAUCAAGACAGACGAAUGUCCGAACGAGUGCAGUGAUCAGGGUCGCUGUGAGAACGGCAAGUGCGUCUGCUUCCCUGGACACAGCGGGCCGGACUGCAGCGAGUCCGACUGUCCAGACAACUGCAACGACAACGGGAGGUGCGUGAACGGACAGUGUGUGUGCGAUCCGGGCUUUUCUGGUCCCGACUGCUCCCAGAAGACCUGCCCCGACGACUGCAGCGACCACGGCAGAUGUGUGAAUGGCAAGUGUGUUUGUGACAAGGGUUUCAAGGGACCAAGCUGCUCAGAACAGUCCUGCCCCAAAGACUGCAGCAAGAGAGGAGACUGUGUCAACGGACAGUGUGUCUGCAAUCCCGGAUUUACAGGUUCAGAUUGCUCCAAAAAGGCCUGUCCUAACAACUGCAACAAGCGUGGCAAAUGCGUGAACGGUAAAUGCGUCUGCUUCACUGGCUUCACCGGUCCAGACUGCUCUGAGAUCGCCUGUCCUGACAACUGUAACGACCGAGGGAGGUGCGUUAACGGUGAAUGUGAAUGUGACAGCGGCUUCACUGGUCCAGACUGCUCAGAAAUCGCCUGUCCUGGGAACUGCAACAACAAGGGGCGCUGUAUUAACGGACAGUGUGUUUGUGAUGAUGGAUUCACUGGCCACGAUUGCACAGAAAAAACAUGCCCUGACAACUGUAACAACCGUGGGAGGUGUGUCAAUGGACAAUGUGUUUGUGAUGAAGGAUUCACUGGUGCAGAUUGUUCCGAAAAGACUUGUCCCGACGACUGCAACAACAAAGGACGGUGUGUCGAUGGCAGAUGUGAAUGCCAGCGAGGGUUCACCGGACCAGACUGCAGUCAGUGUACGGAGGGCAUGACGGGACCCAACUGUGAUACCGUCAUGUCGGGUGUCUCUCAGCUGACCACUCGAGACAUCACUGAGACGUCUGUCACUCUGGUUUGGACUCCACCUGCUGUCCAGUAUGACAUGUACCACAUCACUUUCACCAGCCAGAAGGACGUGGAGCAGCAGAUAACCGUGCAGGUGGAGGGAAGCCUGGCCUCCUUCACGCAGACGGGCCUGGCAGCGGGUCAGGAGUACAGCGUCACCAUCGUUGGGGAGAUCAACGGCAGGAGGGGAACUGAGAGCACGGCUCAAUUUAUCACCCUCAUCUCUGGUCCAACCAGCCUCAAGGUUGUCAAGACGACCUCCACGUCAGCAGUGGUGCAAUGGGAGCAGUCGCUGGGGGAGAUUGACAGGUACCGUUUGACCGUCACACCCAACGAUGGAGUGGGGAGGAGUCAAAAACUGACCGUAGCACCUGGCCAAAACUCUGCCCACAUUCGACAGCUGGAGGCAGGGCGUUUGUAUGACAUCUUACUGGUAGCAGAGAAAGAGAUGAGCCAGAGCCAACCAGCAACCACCCAGGUUGUUCCCGGCGACUCAUUUCCGAGGGUUCCCACAGAGGAUUUGACGAGGCGGGUCACACAAACACCUGCACCUGGACAAGAUGUUGGCAGCAUGGAUCAAAGGUUGAAUCCAUCGUCUGAGGUUGGAGUGUUUGACCAGCUGGAUGGAAGGCAGGAAGGGAGCAGGGCUGAUACAGAAAAGGUCAGAGGUUCUGAUGGUGCUGACACGGAUUACUCAGCCAGUGUGAUCGCUAGAACCAAACCACAGCCAAGAAAUGGCACUAGACCCCAAAUCCCAAAGAAAUGGCCUCCGUUAUCAAAGCCAAGGCUCCCAAAUCGACCCCGCUACAAUGCAACUCGAGUUCUGUAUAGAGGGCGAAAGGUUGUCCCUGGGUCUGAAAGGGGGGAUGACAAAACCCCGUCUGUAAUGCCUGAGAAUGACUCAGGCACAAACAACCAACCUAGACCGGAGGAACCGACUGCUGCUGUUGGCACAAAAAGGCAACCAGAUGUUGGCACUGCAGUCCAUGGAAACGACACAAGUUCAGUCACUUUAAAGCGGACUGGAAUUCUUCAAAACCAAGAGAAGAAAUGUGUGGACAAAAUGAAAGUGACACACAUGAGGUUACCUCUAAAGGACAAAGGCAAUGGGUGUAGAGAAAAUGGGGCGGGGAUGGGAGGAACCUCAGGCUCAGAUCCAAAUGGCACACCACCACAUGGUGAAACAAACCAAAACGAUCCACUAAAGAGUUUACUUGAACUUAUAACAGAUACUGACAAUGGGAAUUUGACAGUGAUUUCAGUCCAUCUGUCCCAACCACUGAACCUCUCAGAAAAUGCAGAAACUGUAGAGAAUGUGGGUUUAAUAGAGCGGAAGCCGCUUUCUUCAGGUUCCUCAUCAUCAUCAUCCUUGUCAACAUCACAGCUGUCAUCACAUUCAUCGUCAGAGUCGGCAUCAUUAGCUAUAUCAAAACUGCCAUCACCACAACCCUCUUUAAUUUCCUCCCCAGCCUUAUCAUCACCUUCCUCAUCGCCACCAUAUUUGUCACUCCCAUCAUCCCCAUCAUCCUCUUCCAGCUCAGAUGAAUUAGUUUCUACUGGGAGUAAUGAACUUGAUACUGAUGAAGAUAAAACUCCCCCUCAUUCUGGUAAAUCCCCUCUCCCAAGAAGAAGUGGUUUACCUCAUUUGCACCACUCAGCUCAAAAACGUCCACAGAUAGGUCGUCCGCAUCAAAACUUUAGACGGCUUCAGAACAAAACCCAUCCAAAUAUAAGCGUUCCUCAUCACUCCCCUGAUUCUUUAAGCCAAACACUCCAAAAAGAGACUGGACUUCUGUCUGCAGAGGAAUCGUCAUCAUCUUCAUCAUCUUCAUCAUCUUCAUCUGCUUCAGAUGAAUUCUCACCCAAAUUUAAUGCAGAUGUAAAAGAUACAGGUAGGGUCAAAGAUGGAAGAACUAGUCCUGAAUCAUCAGGAGCUGAACAGAACCGAAAACCACUGCCGACAAAAAGAGGACAAGGUCCUGUUCAUCAUACCCCUCUAAAAGGCCGUUACCCCAGUCGCAUCUUUUUGAAUCGAACUCGUCCACAUUCAAAGCUUCUCACCCGCCCCUCACAACCUGUACAUACCGAAACAGAUAUACAGACAGAGCAAGUGGUUCCAGCCAACUUGCCAAAUGCUUCGUCUUCUUUGCCCAAAGGUUCCUUUCCAUUUAAUAGUGUGCCAGUAAGAACAGGAAUUGGAGGACGAGAUGGGAUGGGGAACUCAUCGAGAUUGUCAACUGAGUCUAUUCAGACCAUAAAACGAAAUGGAUUUCUUUCUUCACGUCAUCCAAACAUGAGUGACUCACAAACUUUUAGGGUAAAGAGACCUUUUCAAAACAGAACAUAUACUAACUCGCGUCCACCUCAUCAAAGAGGUCCAUAUAGAGUUGUUCCUGCCGGAAGUCGAAAUAAUCAGGCGGAAAAGGACACUUCCCCUGAAAACAGGCUUCCUCAUAGAUUCCAAACUUCCAAGGUGUUUGGGCACAACUCCACUGCCAGCAGAGAAACUUACACAGAAAGAAAUGAAGACAACACUCCGAUACAACCAGACGAAACCACAGAUCCUGGCGUCCACGGAGAGAGAGGAAGUACUGACGGAAAUAUUGGUGCAACAAAAGAAACUACCUCCUCUGUCAAAUCAAAAGUGAGUCCAGUCACAACUCCGAGGAAAGAGUCUCCAUCAAGAACCAUUACAGCAGGGCAACAAAGUACCCGUAAGGUCGGUGGAGACAUUGGAGAAAAUGUUUUUGAGACUGAAACUGGGCCGGCACAAGAGACUGCAACAGAGGCUGACUCUUCUGCAGACUCAAGAGAACCUUUGGACUUUGUAGGAGUAACAAACCGGACCUCUGAUGGAUUCACCCUCAUAUGGGACACACCAGAAGGGAAGUACCAGAACUUUGUUGUAAGCAGAGAAGAAAUUGAAAAAGAUAAAAAGCCAAAGCAGAAAAACGGGAAACAAGACAAAGAUCAACACAGCCAAGUGCCAAGUUCUGAAAGUAGAGGUACUGAAGAUGAUAACAGCGUAGCUGAAGAUGUUGUUAGUGAGGUCCCACAGGUCCAGAGUGGCACUGGAGCCAAACCAACAGAUGGUAACAAAACCUUCACAAAAGUUCUCCCUGGUUCAGCUCGCUCCCUGCAGUUUGAGGAUCUGCCUCCACAGACCGAGUACACUUUGACCUUGCUUGGAAUGAGUCCUGGCCUCCUAUCCAGCCUACACAAGCUUGUCAUCAGUACAGGCCCCGAGCCUCCAACCAACAUAGUCUUCGGUAAGGUGACAGAAAGGUCUCUGACUGUGUCAUGGACUAAACCAAAGAGCUCUGUUAGCGGUUUUAAAGUCACCUACACCCAUGCUGAUGAGGGUGAACCCGUGUCUGUGACUGUGGACUCAGGGGACUCCAACCUCGACCUUUCUCGGCUCACUCCGGGAUCCACUUAUGAGGUCACCAUCAUCUCCACCCUCGGACUGGAUGAGAGCGAUCCCAUCAAGGACAGCGUCAAGACAUUGCCAGACCCACCAACAGACCUGCGUGCCGCCAAUGUCACCGACACCACAGCUUUGUUAAUCUGGCGUCCAGCACUGGCCGCCAUUGACAAAUACGCCAUUGUCUACGGCUCAGGUACAGAUUCAGAGUUGAGGAUCACAGUGUCUGGGAAUGCAGCUGAGCAGCAGCUCAGCGGUCUGAAAGAAUCUACCACCUACACCGUCACCAUAACCAGCCGGCUGGGCAGCCAGGAGAGUGAACCAGCCACCACCAGCUUCACCACCACCAGUGGGCGCGAUAGUGCGGAACCGCGUGAUCUCCAGGCCAGCAAUGUAACUCCACGCACCGCUAUGUUGUCAUGGAAACCAGCAUCAAAGCCUGCAGGGAGUUACAUAUUGACCUAUCAGACCGAAGGUCAAGCAAUAAAAGAAGUGACUGUGGACGGCACCGUGACCCAGUACAACCUGACCAGGCUUCACCCCGGAUCCCUGUACACGGUGCAGCUAAGGUCAAGUGGAGGGGAAGACGUGUCCACCAUCUCCACCGAGUUCACCACUGGCACACUAAGAUUCCCUUUCCCCACCGACUGCUCUCAGGAGUAUCUGAAUGGAAUCCACGUGUCAGGCGAGGUGGAGAUAUUCCCUAAUGGGAAAUUAGGGCCAUCGAUGAUGGUUUACUGCGACAUGGAGACGGACGGCGGUGGAUGGAUGGUCUUCCAAAGGAGGAAGGAUGGCUCAGUAGAUUUCUUCAGAGGCUGGAAGGAUUACCUGAAAGGCUUUGGAGACCUGAAAGGAGAGUUCUGGCUCGGUCUCGAGAAACUCCAAAACCUGACAGGCACGACCAAGAUGAGUCUACGCGUCGACCUGCGUGACGAAGGCCAGUCAGUGUUCGCUAAGUAUUCAAAAUUCGAGGUGGCCAAAAGGAACUUCAGAUUGACUGUAGGUGGAUACAGCGGCACUGCAGGUGACUCCCUCACUUAUCACAACGACGUAGUCUUUUCCACCAGAGACCGGGACCCGAUGUCCUUCAUCACCCGCUGUGCCAUUUCGUACCGAGGAGGCUGGUGGUACAAGAACUGCCACGAAGCGAACCUGAACGGCCUGUACGGCAUCGAUGUGAAACACCAGGGUAUGAUCUGGACCUCGUGGAAGGGAAAAGACCACUCCGUCGAGUUCUCUGAGAUGAAGAUGAGGCCGGCAGCCUUCAGGCCUCCGGCCAGAGGGUGAAAGUGAGGAGAAAUCCCCAUGAACUGCUAAACACACGCGUGGACAGCGCGCUGUGUGCAUUCAAGCCAGCACGAUUCAAAGAGCGAGCCUUGCUCUCGUUUGAAAAGAGGUGAAGACGUAUUUUUUCAUUUGUAUAAAGCCACUUAUGAAUAUGUUACUGUAGAUUGUACAGACUCCUUCUUUAUCAGCAACUUUUUGAAGUUGCGGCAUUUUAAAAGCAGGGCGGCAUCGAGCUGACUCACUUUGUAAAGGUUCACACAAACUACAGUAUAUUGGUGUUUUUAUGGAGCCACUUCUGGGUUCGUGUGCCAGUAAAUUGUACAGCUCUGAAGCCUACGAGGAGGUUUUCAUAGAUAACACCAGAAACUUCGGAAACCUAACUCAUACACUAUUGAAGCAAAACCACACUUGUCAUCUAUCAAAGCAAACGUUACUGCUUUAAGUGAAUGUUUAAAUUAUAAAUAAACAUCUUUAUACAACAAGUAAGUCAUGCAUCAACAGAUAUUAGAGAAGAAUCAGCUGAUCUGAACCCUUUCAAGUCCACAUCUUAAUUCCUCUGACCUUUUAUUAGAUGGUGAUAUACAGUCGACCAUUACUUUUUUUUUUGCAUUUCUUCCUGCAUUAAACAGUUAAAUCAGAUUCUUCUCACUUAUCACUCAGCAGCUUUUAAAGGUGCAUGAUCCUGUUUUUUUUUGUUUUCAACAAACAAAAUCAUGAAAUAAAGAUAUAUAAAUAGUU